AUGGCUGGUCUUCCUGACCUCGCAGAGUGGCUUCAGGACUCCAAUGAUGCGUUGAACAUUAGCCUCGUGGCGCCGUCGAAAUCGGGCCUGAAUACAAUUGCGACGUUCCACCCCAAGUUCACGUAUUCCAUCUUUGGCGACGAUGAGAAAAUCUUCGGAUACAAGGGCUUGAAGAUCCAGCUGCGGUACCGUGCUAAUGAUAUGCGGCCGCACCUGCGCCUUGCAUACAGCAAAAAGUUCAAGCCUGUUGGUGAACAUGAGCCCACUGAUGUAGUGGGGACUCUGGAGGAGGGAGGCCAUCUGCCAAAAGUUGCGUUCGCUAAAGCGUCGGAUUUUGAAAACAGCUCACAGCAGCUUGGCGACGACUGGUCCCCUCCUGGAACGCUCCACGAAACCUUUCAAGGCCCCGAUGGCCAGUAUGAAAUCUGGAAGAGCACCCUCGUUGACCCUGCCGUGAAGCAGCUAAACAGCCGCAUUCAGAUCCUGGUUCCUAUGCUUAUCGAUGGAGGCUCCUAUAUCGGCCAGGAUCCAGAGUCAGACUCGCCAGAGUUGGAUUAUUCGGAUGCGGACCGGUGGACUUUCUUUUUUCUCUACCGCAAGCAAAAAUCCACUGAUGAUCCGGAGAAAAGCGCGUAUACCUUUGUCGGUUAUGCCACUGUCUACCGCUUCUUUUAUUUCAAGCCGCCCAUGACACCGCCAGCUUCUCCCGGGGAAAACUGGGAGCUUCCCACAGGCCACAUGGAUUUAUCUCUGCUCCCGUGCAGGACAAGGCUCUCACAAUUCAUCAUUCUCCCACCAUUCCAAGGCAAGGGCAGUGGUGCGCGCCUCUACAAUACCGUCUUCAAGCACUACCACAGCCACGCUCAGACACAUGAAUUCACAGUUGAGAAUCCCAAUGAAGCUUUUGAUGAUCUGCGAGACAUCUGUGACUUGGCCUUUUUGAGAACAAUGCCUGAAUUUAACGAGCUUCAUGUCGACACCACAGUAAAGAUUCCCAAAUCAGGGCCUCUACCUCCCCUGAUCACCGGCGCAGAAAAUCUCGAGAACAUUCGAUUGCAGGCCAAGAUUGCCCCUCGUCAGUUCUAUCGAGUUCUAGAGAUGCAUUUGAUGUCCCAACUGCCACGAUCUGUCCGCCCAACCAUGUCUCUGGAUGACGAUGUUCCGUCACCUACAGCUGCGGAUAAACACAAAGAAAAGUUGUGGCAGCUUAUUGUCAAACAGCGACUAUAUCGCCAUAACAAGGAGGCUCUUGCGCAAGUAGAUGUCUCCCAGAGAAUUGACAAGCUAUCAGAAACACUGAGCAGUGUCGAGUUGGAAUACGCCAGGCUUUUGGAAGCUCACGAUCGUGCUGUCAAGCAUUCGAAUCAAUCAAAUGGGAAGCGGAAACUGGAUGAGUCUUUGGCCGACGCUUCGUUCAGCAAGAAGGCUAGAGUGGAAGAUGCGUGA